GAAAAUUGCAAAAUUAACCCAAAAUAUUCACUUUUUAGCAAGGUGGGACUGUACCCAUGUAAAGAAGUAUAUAAAAAACUGAAAUUACAUGAUUAAGUAUGUCAGAAAGCAUCCAACAAUCAAAAAUGUUCCACUACAUCGUUAUCUUAGCUCUUGCCUCAGCCGUUCUGGCUGACCCAGCUCCAAAGGCCGACCCAAGCGUCUUUGCAGCUCCUCUAGCAGUUGCCCCAGCUAUAGCUCCAGCGGUCGUUACCGCUCAAAGUUCACAAGUCUUCGCCCGUCAGUACAACGCCUUAGUCGCUCCAGUAGCUCCUCUUGUAGCAGCCGCUCCAGUAGCAGCAGCGCCUUACUUAGCAGCUCCUGCUGCUCCUCUGUUAGCCAGCUAUAGGGUGGCUGCUCCUUACCUAGCUGCUCCUGCUUAUUUAUAAACCAUAUUAAUUUGUUAUCUGUGCUUGAAGUAAAUUAAAAUAAAUUACAAUUAU